UCCUCCUUCCCUUUCCCUCUUCCUCUCGCAAUCCCUCCCCCAGCCAGCACGCCCUCCGUCCACCCAAGCACCAGAGACAGGGAGGGGAUUCUCCUCUCCUCUCCGACUAGCCGUCCGCCCCCACCUCCUCGGCUCCACCGGGCUGGUGCGCGGUGGCGAUCCGCCCGGAGCCCGCCGCCCAGGGAUCGAUUCCCUUUGCUGCGCUUCCUCGUGGUAGUGGCGGUGCACUAAUAAUAAGAUCAAGAUGGGCGACGGGGUGGCCUUCGAGGCUGCCAGGAAGAUCAUCAUGCACCCGCUCUACGCGUCGAGGUCCUCGCCCUGGCUAGACCUCAAGGUAUUCUAUGUGAGGGUCAGCAACUGUAUGGUGGACGAGUCCGCGCCGGACCAUCUCACGCUCAACCACAUCCCGCUGUCCCCCGACACGGUCAUCGAGGUCAACGGCCGGCGCAGCAGCAUGCACACCGAGUUCGUCUCGUCGUCACUCAGAAGGGACAGGAUCGACAAGAAGACCGAGGAGGCCACUUAUGUCAGCACGGACAGCAUAAGGAUGACGGGGAGCGUGAGGUUUCAGGUGUUUGAUAAGAACGACCUCUUGCUGACCGGGGACCUGGAGCUGUGCAAUGCCAACGGACUGGUCGGGGAGCCGAAGAGCAGCAGCAAGAAAUGGAAUAUCAAGUGUCAUUCUUCGGCAUCGUCUAGCGGUUUCUUGAAGGGGAAGAUGUCAACGGGCCCAGACUCUGCGCAUCCUGUUGUCGAGGUUUAUGUCGCUGGCACUUUCUCUGGCACACCAAUUAUAUUAACCAAGACGGUCCAGUUUAUAUCACGGAGGAAGUCCCAGAUGAAACUAAAGCUGGAUUCUAUCCCCGAGAAUGAAGCAACUGAACUACAUACAGAGAACUCACACGGGGACUCUUUAAAGGUAUCAGAAUUCCAGGACCCCAAGCUCGAGACAGACAUGGACGACUAUAACAGCCUGUACUCGAGGCAGGACUUUCUAGAGGGCGAGGAUGGUGAGCUUUCAUGGUUUAAUGCUGGCGUGCGGGUUGGUGUCGGGAUCGGCCUCGGCAUAUGCGUGGGCGUCGGGCUGGGUGUCGGCCUGCUGGUCCGGACAUACCAAGGCACCAGCAGGAACUUCAGGCGGCGACUGCCCUGAUGACCAACGCUUCCCAUCCCACAAAUAUAGGCGUGUAUUUAUCUGGUCCUCCUAGGAAACUGACUGCCCAUCUUCCUGCCCGUGCUAGUGAUAGAAGAGUGAGGCCUUCUGUUCUUCCCUCCCGCAACCGCCCUGGUAUUCGAUGCUUCCUUGUGUGCACUGCCAACCAUUUUUGUCCCUCUGAGGUAUGUAAAUGCGAGUAUGUGUAUGUAUAGUAGAAAAAAAAAAUAAAGAGUCGGGUCGAGCCACUUGAUGUUGCUGCGAGCAUUAGAUGGUUCUUUCUGAAUUAAAAUGUAUUGAUGAAGGAACUUAGGUGACCGGCAAGUGCAGUGUUAGUCUUGAGGGUGAUGUUGCACCUAAGAACUGUUGCAAGUCAUGACUUGUUUGUGCAGGGAGAACUCGAUUAGGUGGCCUGUUAUGUGUGUCA